GACUAAGAAGACUCUGCAAAGAUCAAUGGCAAACUUCUCAUGUGUGUCUACCAAUGCAACCUAUCCACACAUUCUCUACACGACAGUCUACAGUGUGGUGUUGGUGAUAGGCCUGCCGUGCAAUGCUGUCUCCUUAUGGAUUUUCUUCAGGCGUUUGGGUCUACAGUCUACUCCUUCGAUUUAUAUGACCAACUUGGCUAUUUCAGACCUCCUCUUUGUAAUCUCUCUGCCUUUGAGAAUCUUCUACUUUGCCACUGGUUGGUGGCCUUUCGGGGACAUCCUGUGCAUGAUACCUGGAACCUUGUUUUCGGUGAACAUUUACUCCAGUUCAUUUUUCAUUGGACUUAUUAGCUUGGAUCGCCUCUUUGCUGUAAUUUACCCACUGCGGUCACGAAAUAUUCGAACUCCAUACUUUGCAAAGCUGGCCUGUGGAUUUGUAUGGGUAAUCAUUUUCACAAUCAGCAUCCCCAUUGCUUUAAACCACAAAGCAAAUAAAGAUUCCUGCAAUGUCACACGCUGCUUUGAGGCUUACUCGAACGAGAGCUGGAAAAAUGGAUUUAUCAUUUUCUGCUUGCUGACUGCAAUUGGCAUUCUUGUUCCAUUUCUGUUGAUAGCUAUGUCCACCAUAGGGGUUUUAAAGACCAUUAAGUCAAAGAGUAUUGGCAUGGAAGCAUUUGACAAGCAGAAGAUGGUGUGUAUGUUCUUAAUGAACCUCUUGAUGUAUGCUAUUUGCUUUGUGCCGUUUCAUAUCAUAUGCAUACUCUAUAGUCUAAAUAAGCUGGGUUUCUUGCACAACAAUUACACUCGCGCCCAGAUAAUCGGCCUGUGCUUGGCCAGUUCAAACAGCUGCUUGGACCCACUUAUCUACUACUUCACAACUGAUGCCUUCUGGAAGAAGAAAAGCGAGCAGAUGGACUUGGCAUCUACACAGAGUAAGCUGCCAACUGUGAGUCUGCUAAAGUGUGAACUGUCUGUAUAGACACCCAGCUUUGAGACUUGGUCUAAGAUCAUUUACUCACUGCUGAACUUCUGCAGUUAACAAGUGGACAUUUCUCUGGUCAUGCUUUCUUUGUUUGCUUCUUCUCAUGUGUGGUGCUUUGUGCUUGUCAGUGUCAAUGAAAAUUCCUAGUA